AUUAAAACCAGAUUGAGCCCCCCCCUCCCCUCUCGGGGCACUGCAGACCAGACUCAGGUUUAAACAGAGAGGAUUAGCUCGCAGUAUGAGGUCGAUGAUUGCAGACAUGGAGGGAGUCAUGCUAAUGAUUGAUGAUGAGUUUCUCAUAUACGUUUUCCUUGUUGGAGCCCGCCAAGUUAAAAAGAAGAUGGAUCAAGUUGAGGACUGACGUUUUGGAUGAUCUGACAUUACUGGAUCCUUUAUUAUAGUCUUCAUGAUGAGAUCAGUCUGCUCUCCUAGACAUUGACUUGAGCUUCCCCAGGCCCGAUGUGCCCAUGAAGCCCUUGUUUCAGUGCAGGCUUCAGAAGCUGAGGCUAUAAAGGGACAAGAGGACUAAUCUGCAGCCUUAGUCUUGGUCCUGGACUUCUCUUUAGUCCUUUAUCAGUCCUCCCUGUUCCCUGCCAUAUCCCCUCACCACUCCACUGCACCACAGCCCCGGCCUCACCUGUGGCCAACAUGGGCUGGUUCCUCCUCCCAUUUGAUAACCUGCUGUGUAUAGUCCUUGGCAUAUCCUUCACUGUGGGAUUCAGCUCGCUGCUAGUCAUAGUCGUGCCGGCCGUCCUUGGAGUGUCCAUUGGGAUCCGCAGACUGUACAUGAAGAGUCUUCUCAAGGUCUUUGAGUGGGCUACUGUGCGGAUGGAGAGAGGCGCAAAGGAGAAGAAUCAACAUCUUUAUAAACCCUAUAGUAAUGGUAUCAUAGCUAAAGAACUGUCCUCUCUGGAGCAGGAGAUCCAGGAGCUCCGUGCCAGCGGCACCACUCUGAGCUCUGAGCCUGAGUUUGAGAUGGCGGACAUCAUGUAUUUCUGCCGGCGGGGGGUGGAGAGCAUCGUGGAUGACGAGGUGACCAAGCGCUUUUCUGCUCAGGAGCUGGAGUCCUGGAACCUGCUGACCCGCAGCAACUUCAACGCCCGCCACAUCAGCCUGCGACUCAGCGUGCUCUGGGGACUGGGUCUCUUCAUCCGCUAUAGCUUCCUGCUGCCACUCAGGGUUACUCUGGCAGCCUCUGGUAUUGGUCUGCUUGUGGUCUUGACUACCAUAGUGGGCUUCAUACCAAGCGGCUGGUUAAGGACGUACCUCAGUGAGAAGAUUCAUCUGAUGUCUUAUCGCAUCUGUGUCCGAUCCCUCACUGCCAUCAUCACCUAUCACAACAGUGAGAACAAACCAAAGAAUGGAGGCAUCUGUGUGGCGAAUCACACAACUCCCAUUGACGUCAUCAUCCUGGCCAAUGAUGGCUGCUAUUCUAUGGUUGGCCAGAUCCAUGGUGGUUUGAUCGGGGUAGUCCAGAGAGCCAUGGUGAAAUCCAGCCCCCACAUCUGGUUUGAGAGAUCUGAAGUCAAAGACCGUCACCUUGUGGCCGAAAGGCUUAGCAAUCAUGUAGCAGACAAAACUAAACACCCCAUCCUCAUCUUCCCAGAGGGCACAUGCAUCAACAAUACCUCAGUGAUGAUGUUCAAAAAGGGCAGCUUUGAGAUAGGCUGUACUGUCUACCCUGUGGCCAUUAAGUAUGACCCUAGGUUUGGCGACGCGUUCUGGAACAGCAGUAAGUUUGGGAUGGUCAACUACCUUCUGAGGAUGAUGAGCAGUUGGGCCAUCGUCUGCAGUGUCUGGUACCUUCCACCUAUGAGCAGAGAGGAGGGAGAGGAUGCGGUGCAGUUUGCCAACAGAGUAAAAGCAGCCAUCGCCACGCAGGGAGGACUGGUGGACCUGCUGUGGGAUGGAGGGCUGAAACGAGGGAAGGUGAAAAAUACGUUCAAAGAGGAGCAGCAGAAGCUGUACAGCAAGGUGCUGGUUGGAGACCAGGAGGACCAAGGUGAAGACAGACCACAGGAAGAUGAAGAAGAAUUAGAAGAGGAGGACCAAAUUGAAGACAGACCACUUGAAGAUUACACACCCAGACCACUGGAAGACUGCUCUCUGAGACUACAAGAAGAAGAGGAGGAGAGAGGCUCAGAGACACCAAUGAAGGACCAAUGAGGGUGGGGGUUCCAUUCCUACCAGGUUAUUAAGUGUCAGCGGAGCCCCACUCACUGUCUUGGUGAGGCACUAGACCAGAGGAUUUAUUGGAUUGGAAGCCUUAAAGUAAUUUCAAUAACAAUGAACUACUCAGAUACCAUUUCAAUAGCAAUGAACUACUCAGAGACCAUGUAGUGCAACUGAAACAGUAUCAUUUUCUACAGGCUGUAAGCCACAUACUUUUGAGUUUGUGCUGCACUAUGCACAGUCAUUUUAUGAAUGUUAACUGUUUUAAUACUGUAUUUAAAUAUUUAUCUUUAAUAUUUUCUUUGUAUUUAUGCUAUUUUGACCAGUAUAUUUGGGUAAUUUUGGGUAGUGUAAUUAGGUCCCCCAACACUUGAUUAAAACAAUGUAUCAUAAAGAGGACAUGUUAAACUUAAUACAAUUAAUUUCAGCCUGUUUUGGCCUUCAAUGGUGACAUCACCAUACAGGUAAAUGAAUAGACCAAUAAGAAAGAGGGUGCCAAAUCUCCUGCCAAUAACAGCACAUUUUUACUUUUCCCCUCCCCACUCAGACUACUCCCAGACAAUCCUAGCAACAUUCUUGCUUGAGAAAUUGCCCUUUGCUAAGAAGCUAUUCUUGUUAGUUUUCAAUUAAAAUUUCAAUUAAACUUUUUACCCAGAAAUGAUUUGAUAUUGAGAUAAAAUGGCUGCAUUGGAACUUUUAAAGUAACAGGGUUGACUUAACAGGAUUGAAGUUUUCAUCUUAAAUUAGCCAUAACUUGUGUGCAAUAGGGAUGGGCAAUUGAAUGCAAGCUUCAUCACAAUUAUUAUUAUUAUUUUUUUUUUACAUUUCUACCCUCUCUAUCUAUGGGGAAACAUUCAGUUAUCCACCCACCACACAACACCAGAAAAUAACCAAAAAGCUUUUACAUUAUGAUUUGAUGUCAUAGUUUCUUUAGAGAAAAUAUUUUAUAAAAGGAAUAGUUUAAAUUAGAGUUCCAUUAAUGCAACAGGGUGGCCCCUAAAAUGAGGGACAAAUGUAAGUUAUUCACUUAUCGUGUGAAGUAAAUAAUAAUCUUCAGAAAUGACUUUGUCAAAGCAAUAAAAUAACUAGGGCUUUACAAUGAAGGAGAAAUGUUUGGGUUAAGUGGGAUAAAAUCCUACUAGAAGUCUGGAAAACACGAGGGACAUGUCAAAAUGCACAUUUUUGGCACUUUAGCAAGUCUUUAGUCAAGUAAAAAUCUGUUAACGUUAAAUAGCACUUUAAUAUAACAGGCUUUUCAGUAUUGGUGCACAAUUACAACUUCAAAUAUCAAAGGGAGGCAAAAGGCACUCAAUUCGUGGAACGAUCCAUUUAUGCAUAUUGUGAAAACAGGAGGAAAGGUUACAAAGCCACAGCAGACCAAAUAUGCAGAUAAUGGGUCAAUAUGUGUCACAGUCCUAGACAAUAGAGAACAUGACACGGAAGACUGUUACCAUGUUAUCUAGAUAAGCUUUGUUGUACAAUUAAUGGUAAAAUAUAUUGCAUUUCUAAAAGUUAACAAUAUUGUCAUGAAUUCAGUGUGUGUGUGAAAUUAAGGCUAAAUAUAAGCCCCACUAAUAAUUGUAUCAAAAUACACUGAACAAAAAUAUAAAUGCAACACUUAAAGUGUUGGUCCUAUGUUUCAUGAGCUGAAAUAAAAGAUCACAGAAAAUGUCCUUAUGCACAAAAAGCUUAUUUCUCAAAAAUGUUGUGCACGCAUUUGUUUACAUCCCUGUUAGUGAGCAGUUCUCCUUUGUCAAGAUAUGCCACACCUGUCAGGUGGAUGGAUUAUCAAGAAGCUGAUUAAACAGCAUGAUUAUUACACCUUGUGCUGGGGACAAUAAAUGUCCACUCUAAAAUAUGCAGUUUUGUCACACAACACAAUGCCAAGAGAUGUCUAAAGUUUUGAGGGAGUGUACAAUUGGCAUGCUGACAGCAGGAAUGUCUACCAGAACUGUUAAUUUAAUAUUAAUUUCUCUACCAUAAGCCGCCUCCAAUGUCAUUUGAAAGAAAUUGUCUGUACAUCCAACCGGCCGCACAACCGCAGACCACGUGUAACCAUGCCAGCCCAGGACCUUCACAUCAAGCUUCUUCACCUGUGGGAUCGUCUGAGACCAGCCACCCGGACAGAUAAUGAAACAGGAGUAUUUCUGUCUGUAAUAAAGCCCUUUUGUGGAGAAAAAAUAUUUCUGAUUGGCUGGGCCUGGCUCCCCAGUGUGUAGGCCUAUGCCCUCCCAGGUCCACCCAUGGGCACCCCUAUUCAGUCAUGUGAAUUCCAUAGGGUGUAAUUAAUUAAUUUCAAUUGAUUGAACUGUAAAAACGGUAAAAUCAUUGAAAUUGUUGCAUUUAUAUUUUGUUCAAUAGCUUGAAUUCUAUCUAAAAACACCAGAUUUGCCCCUGGUGUGAUAUACAAUGAAAUCAAUGUGUAUUUUUCACCAUGUAAGGUACAAUUCAUCAUUAGAAAACAGCCUUCUUGGUCAAUGUGCUGGGAUAUAAGGGAACAUUUUGUAUUAUUAUUUAUCAGGAUGCCUAUACCUCUGCUGUUACUGCAGUAUGUGACAGCAUAUGCCUCUCCAACCCAGCUCCUCUUUAAAUGUUACAUUUUUCCUUUUUUAAAUGUAACUCUUGCAAGAAAACCACAUCUGCUGAAAAUCUUUUUGAGAACCAUAUGCUUUUUUCCCCCCACAGUGGAGCCUAUGCACAUAUAGAAUCAAUGUUAACCUUAUCUGUUCUGUCUAUCAUGGAAGAACCAAGUAAAACAUUUU